AUGGCGGAAAAGGGGAGUGGGAAUAUGACAAUUAACAGCUCUGGUGAUGCAGUUCCUGGACGAACAGAGCAGAUAUUAUGUCAGCCGUGUUCAAGUGAGGAUAAACAAACAGUAGCUGAUGUGUUUUGUUCAACAUGUGACGAAUUUCAGUGUACAAAAUGUUCAAAAGUACAUAACACUCACGCGUUUUUGAGAAACCACAAGCUAGUGAAUGCAAAAAAAGUGAAAACGAAACCAGUCCACUUUGAUAUGAAGGGACUAGACCAAUGUGAUGAGCAUCAAGAAGUUUUGAAAUUCUUCUGUGAGGAUGAGAAUCAGCUUUGCUGCAGUACAUGUGCUAUUGUGGAUCACCGGAAAUGCCACAGUGUCGUAGAAAUACAAAAGAUUACCGGAAGGUCUGCAUCAACAAGUUCCCAAUUAAUGGUCAAGUUACAGGAAAUAAAAGUGAAAGCUGAAAAGGUCAUAAAAAAUACAAAGUCAACAAUAGAACAGCUGGAUCAAGAUGUUAAAGAGGUAUCUUUAACAAUUAGACGAAUGCGGGAUAAUGUUAUGAAAAUGUUUGACGAUUUGGAAGUUUCCGUUGCUAAGGACGCUAAAUCAUUUAAGACAGAAACAGUAGAUAAACUGACAAGGAAACAAUCAGACAAUGAGAAACAUGUUGCUGAGGCAACGAAAUCUCUGGAAACAACUGAUAACGUCCAUCAGAACGGAACGUCAUCACAACAGUUUAUACUGGAACAGAGAAUGAGAAAACAGGUGGAUGAACUUAGCUGCAACGUUGACAAGGAAUAUCAAAGGUUAGAGACCGUGACCGUUUCGUUUGAUUUUGAUGAAACAUUGAAAUUGCCCCCACUUUCGAUUGCUGAUUACGUUCCUGGACAACUGACAUUAAAAUACUCCGUACCAGAAGCUGUGAAACCUUUAAUACCUUUAGAUCCAAUUGUUAAAUUAACGAUGAUUACUUCCAUUGAUCUGAAGCAGACUGGAGAUGAUGUCGGGGAACCGUUAUACACAGGACUGGAUUUCCUGCCGGAUGGUAGACUGAUUGCCGUAGAUAAUCAAAACGAGAUAUGUUUGAUUUAUAAUGAGAAACUUGAGAAAGUAGGAUCAUAUCAGUUAUCGUAUAAUCCACUGAGUGUAGUUGUUGUAUCUGAGGAGGAAGUGGCGAUAACAAGUGGUGCUGAAUUCCAGAUAGACUUUCUACGUGUCAGUAAAUCUAACGAGAUAACUUUGAUCAGGACAUGUAAAGUAACGACACAGUAUGACUCUAUAUGUAUGAAAGAUCAGAGACACUUUGUUGUUGGAACUAUUGAUGAUACAAGACCAGUUCGUAUUGUAUCUCUGUCUGGAGAAGAGAAAGAUUUCAGUAUCAACUUCCCAAACAAGAAAUAUCCUAUAGACACUAGUGUUUGUACAUAUAUUAGAUACAGUGAUAAAGUGGUUCUCACCGAUAGGAACGAGCAUACUGUCUACAUAUAUGACAUCAAGAGCAACACCAGAGUUGUUGUCAAGGACGACCAGAUCAAGAACCCAUGUGGAGUAGCAGUAGGUCCAUCUGACUGUCUUCUGGUUUGCAGUAAGGGAACAAACUCCAUUGUACAGAUCUCUCAAACAGGUCGGGUCCUAUCAUCGUACAAGUUAGAUAUGUAUUAUCCACGCAGUGUCUGUGUUUCAAAGGAUAAAUCAGUACUUGCUGUUUCAAAUUCCGCUGUAGGUCAAAGAAGUUUAAAGACUUUCAAAAUUACAAAUUAA